UUUCGGUAUCGAAAUCUUCUUUUUAUGGCUGUUGUCUCUGUGUUAUCUCUUUAGCCCCUGAACUGGCCUGACACCUCGCCAACAGCCAAACAACCAACAGCACCCGCCCCUAGCCUUAACAUACCCUCACACAACACACACCAAAGGCAGAGCCAAAAUCAACCAUGGAAAUCUACACCCUCAACCUCACCCUCCUCCUCACCCUCUGCCUAGCCCUCUUCCUCCUCCAACACAAACCCAAACACAAACCCCAACCCCACCCCCCUCCCACCACCACCAAAGACACCACCACCACCACCACCACCACCACCACCACCACCACCACCACCACCAACCCCCCAAAACCAACCUCCAAAUCCACAACCCCCUUCCUCCUCGCCUACACCCUCGCCACAACCUCCGACUGGCUCCAAGGCCCCCACCUGCACCCCCUCUACACCACCACCCACCACCUCGCCCCACAAACCAUCUCCCUGCUCUUCACCACGGGCUUCGCCGCCGCCGCCCUGUCGGGGCUGUUCACGGGCGCGUGGGCCGACUCACACGGCCGUAAGAGGGCGUGCCUGGCCUUUUGUGCGGUCUAUGCGGCCAGCUGUGCGCUCACGGUUGGGGUGCUGCCCCCCUUUCCCCCCUUCGGGGGGUUGGGAGGGUUGGUGGUGGGGAGGGUGCUGGGCGGGGUGGGGACGGGGUUGUUGAUGGUGGGGUUUGAGAGUUGGGUUGUGGGGAAUUUGAAGGAGAGGAAGGGAGAGGGGGAGUUGGGGUGGGUGAUGGGGGCGAUGAGCGGGUUGAAUAGUGUUGCGGCGAUCGUGUCCGGGGUGGGGAGUGAGUGGGUGGUGGUGAGGGCUGGGUCGAGGAAGGCGCCGUUUGUGCUGGCGGUGGGGGUGUUGGUGGUGGCGGCGGGGGUUAUUUGGUGGGUUUGGGAUGAGAACUAUGGCGAGGCGGCCGAGGUGAAGAACGAAAAGGGGGAAUCGAAGAGCAGAGUCUGGUCAGUUCUGUCUAACCCGCAGGUUCUCGCACUCGGCGCCGCUUCAACCAUCUUCGAAGGGUCCAUGUACCUUUUCGUUUUCUUCUGGGUGCCUACCCUGAAGUCGGUUCAGUCUUCGCCGGGCGAUCUCCCGUACGGGCUCAUCUUUGCGAGCUUCAUGGCUGCAACUCUGGCAUCGUCCCUCGCCUUUAACGCCAUCACAGAACGGCAGCUAAUGCGGCAUACGACCCUGCUCGUGGCCAUUCUGGCGCUCUCGGCAGCCUGCUUCUUUUUGUCGGCGGGUCCCAAGUCCGAGCAGUCGGCCUUCUGGGUGUUCUGUCUGUUCGAGGCGGCUGUGGGGAUGUACUGGCCGUGCAUGGGCUACUUGAAGGGGCGACUGGUAGAGGACGGGGUCCGCGCACAGGUUUACGGCAUCCUGAGGAUACCCCUCAACAUCUUCGUCGUGGUCUCCUUACUCUUUACCGGGGAUGGGGACUCCUUUGGGAAUGUGUUUUCAGUCUGCUCCACCUUGUUGCUGGCUUCUUCUGGAGCGCUGUGGGCGGUAAUGGCGGUUUAG